UGAAGUUGUUGAGAAGCUUUCUUCAGACGCGAAGACCAUUUCUUUCCAGAUAAAGAAUUGACCAUACUUCCUACUCUGUCAUACGAUAGUUACCAGAAUUAGAAGAAAAUUUUAGCAAUCCCUGAAAAACAACGAAGUUGGAAGAAAUUGCUGAAGGAAUCAAAUUUGACUUCCAGUUUUCUUUGGAGCAAAGUUGAGGGGCGGAGUGAAGAAGAAGAACGUAAUCUAGCUGAUAAGUUUUCGAAAAAGAUGUCAUUCAAAAUGCCUUUUGGUCUUGAAGCCUUGGCAAAAGCCAAGAAAGCGGCGAGUAAGAAGAAAAGUCAUUCGUCGGCUAUAGAGCCAUCAAUAAACCCUGUGCCCUCAAAGAGUAUUGCUUCUUCAAAGGCCAUCGAAGGAGGAGGAUCAAGCAAGAAGCUUAGGGUUGAUUUUGAUGAGGAGGAAGAAAAUAUCUCUGUCAUUAUUCCAAAGAAUACUUGUGUGUAUUCGAACCCUUUGUCUAUUGAAGGAUAUGUCAAAGCCCUCUUGUGUCCUCGUGAUGAGACUCGUUUGAAGGAAAUGGGAUCUGUUGAGUCAUCCAAUGAUUUGGUGUCUAGAGCCUAUCGGAUGCUCUCUAAUGCGAUUCAUAUUCAUCGAGACCAUCAAUGCCUCAGAAGGGAAAACUGUGAUCUUAGAAAGUCCAACACCGAGCUUCGGUCGAGUCUUACGAAAGUUGACGAGAGGCUUAAGGCAAGUAAGGAAUUAAACGAAGAGUUGAAGAGGCAACUAAAGGAUAAAGAGAGCGAACUAGUUAAGGAGAAGAAGAAUUCGAGUGAUUUAUGUGCUCGGCUGGAGGACAUUGCGGUGAAGGCCAUUUGGAAAGCUCGUAAAGAACUGUUGACAGAGUUCACAGAAGGCAAGUCUAAGGAUUGGAAGGUAGACGAAGAGUUGGAACUCUACAUUGGUAUGUUUGAGGAUGAGGCUGGUCCUACCGACGGGGGGUCUAUUGGUCCUGGGCUUGGCACGAGUGUUCCUCAAGAUGAGGAUGGGGGAAACCAGAUUGUUGGACAUGUCGCUGGGGAUAUUGUUGAGCAUCAGUCCAUUGUUGAUUCUGAGGUGACUCAGUAGUAUGUCGAGCGUUGUUUCUCGGUUGGACAAUGUUUAGUUUGUCAACACCUAGUUUCUUUUUUUUUUAUGCUUUGCUCUUUUGUUGGUUUAACAUUAUGAUGUUGGUUGUUGAGACUUUUAAAUGUUGAACUGUGCUCUCUGUUGUAUUGUUGAGGUUUUUCUAUGUUAAACCAUGCUUUUCACUA